AUGUCAUGUACACAAUAUCGUAUUCCCAAAAUUAGACGUACUUACCAAGGACAAUGGAUGAGAGGCAUGCGCCACGGGUACGGUAUCCGUACCAGCGCCCCUUUCGGCAAGGCUUCGAAAUACAGAGCGAACAAAACCCUACGCGCCUCGAUGACGUCGUUGCGCAGCAGCGACAACCAAGGAGGCGGCGGUGGCGCCAGCAACCCGGAACCGACAGAGAAAAGAGACCGGAGGGUGGACGACUCGAGAGGCGGAUUUGUACUGAAGAUGAACUCGUCAGAACCGACGACGAGACGUCGAUCCCUUGGAUCCGGACACAUUACCAAAGGAAUAUUUAAUAUAAGAUUAAAAAAGCAACGAAGUACAGGGGAUUUAGAAAAGAGGGGCACAGGGGGCAGUAUACGGUCAACCGAUUCAUCAGCCUCCUGGAUCAGUAACGAGUCAGCCCAAUCAGCAAUGACCAAUAUGUCUGUUCCGUCCGAUUCGAAUGCCAGUUUUGUGGUGGAGGAUGACCAGUUAGAUCCAAGCGUAAAAGAAACUUAUAUGGGUGAAUGGAAAAAUGACAAAAGAUCAGGCUAUGGUAUUAGCGAAAGAACUGAUGGUCUUAGAUAUGAAGGUGAAUGGUAUGCCAAUAAAAAAUACGGUUAUGGUGUAACAACGUUCACUAAUGGUGAAAAAGAGGAAGGCAAAUACAAAAACAAUGUCCUCAUUACAAGUCAGAAGAAGAAACUGUUUUUGAUGCGAUCUGCCAAGUUUAGAGAACGAAUCGAUGCUGCCGUGAUGGCAGCACAAAGAGCUUCGAAAAUCGCACUCCAAAAAGCCGAUAUAGCGAUAACCAGAACUGCAACAGCGCGGGGUAAAGCAGAACAAGCCGAUAUGGCAGCAGCGCAUGCCAAAGAAGACUCCGACAUAGCCGACGGUGUCGCCAAACAGUACGCCCCCGAUUUUAAACAACCUGGCUUGGAACGACUUCGAGCAAGACAAAACAAGUAUAGAGAACAAAACUUGAAUAUGAACAUUAGUUUUGAUAUAAAUAAGAAAAAUGAAAUUCCAAAUCAGAUACCGAACCAAAUUCCUAACGAGAUAAAGCCCAACCAGAUGCAGAACCAAAUUCCAAACUCGAUACAGCACCAACCACAUCUAGCUAAUAAACUCAACAACCCCAUGCAGCAGCAACAGAAUCCUGGAUACAACAACCCCAUGCAGCAACAGCAAAACCCCGGGUAUAACAACCCCAUGAUGCAGCAACAGCAAAACACCGGGUAUAACAACCCCAUGAUGCAACAGCAGAAUCCGGGGUACAACAACCCCAUGUCCAAUAUUCCAACGUCCAACCCGUACUCAAAUCCAAACAACCCUUAUCCGAAUCCCAACAAUCCGUACCCAAACCCGAACAACCCGUCGUCGCAGCACGAAUUCGGGCCGCAGAUCGACAGUGGGCACAAUUCGGGCGGCGACAUGCCGCUGCACAAACCGCGCAACAACUCGCUGCCUUCGGAGGACGUGCCGGCGGCGAACCUGAGGAGAAUGUCCAGAAGGGUCUCGGGCGAUAGACCCUACCUGGGCAACAUCGGCCAGCAGACGUCGAUAGACCAUUUCGACCACUACAACCGACCACCGAGCAGGGACUCCAGCGUAGAUAGGUACUCUAGAGCUACGGGAAAGCUCAGCGGGUCCAUGGGAUCCAGGCAACCUUCCGUAGAUCGAUCUGCAAGGCCAUCGGAAACUCCAGACAGAGGUCAAAGGGCCCCCUCGGCGAUCCGGGGUACGACCCCCCAGCCGAUGGGCGGGGUCGCAGCGGGCGGCUUGCCGACCAAGAACGGUUCGGUGUUGACGGGCAGUGGGGCCAAAAUGUCGAACAACAACAACAUAAACCCGUCGGUGCCGGCGCAACCGCCCCCAUUCGAAGAGAUCAUCAUCAGGAAACGCGGCCUCGGCCAGGACAUCAUUCCCUCGCCCAACCAACCAAAACGCACCGAGAGCCUUUUCAUUUCCGGGCAGCAGCAACAGCAGCAUCCACCUGUGCAGACCAAAAUGGUAAAUUAA